UUUUACUAUUAGUUUACCAAUCACAUAGCUUUCCCCGGACUUGCCAAUCCGGAGACUACAGGUGACAUGACACUAUUUGUACCAUAGACCAGCAGAACCAGAACACAGUGUUUUCCAAAAGUCUAGAGCACGACUUCCGCGUUUGGGUGAAUACAUGCGUUCUUAAACGUCACCCUGGCGACAGUAACAAUAUGGCGUUACUUUUGAUUCUGUUAGUGGCUACGUGCGGCUUAGGCUGGGUGUUGUGUCUCUAUGCCGGGUGGUUUUGGCCAUGGCUGUGCCUGCCUCUUUUCCUGCUUGCAGCGCCUCUUCUCUUUUCAUUGCUUCGUGGUGAGAGCGAUGCUCGCCGGCAGAGACGGGCAUGCGUGGUGGUUCUUGGAGACGUGGGCCGUAGCCCCAGAAUGCAGUAUCAUGCUCUCUCUCUUGCAGCCCACGGUUAUUCUGUGUCUUUCGUGGGAUACGCUGGUACAAAACCUCACACAGAUGUGUUGAAGAACCACAGAAUUACCAUUGUUCCUAUUGCAGAACUCAUGUCAAUUAAAGUUGGACCAAGGAUAUUGCAGUACAUCAUGAAGGUUAUUUUUCAAGUAGCUCAGCUGUCUUAUGUUCUUUUGAAGAUUGACGUUCCUUCAUUUGUACUGUUGCAGAAUCCUCCAGGUCUGCCUAGUGUGGCUGUUACAUGGUUUAUUUGUCUUCUAAGAGGAAGCAAGCUUAUCAUUGAUUGGCACAACUAUGGCUAUACGAUCAUGAGUCUGACUCUUGGAAAGUGCCAUCCUGUAGUACAGAUUGCAAAAUGGUAUGAAAAGCUGUGUGGAAGAUUGUCUGAUUGUAACCUUUGUGUGACAGAUGCAAUGAAAGAAGAUCUGCAGUCCAACUGGAACAUCAAAGCAACAACACUGUAUGAUAAACCUUUUUCUGUUUUUAAAGAAACACCACUAGAAGUGCAGCACAAACUUUUCAUGAAACUUGCCAAUGAAUAUUCACCAUUUAAAGCAAGGGAACCAGAGGAUCCCGUGUUUGAAAGGACGGCAUUUACAGAAUUGGAUACAAGUAGUGGAGAUGUCGCAUAUACCAGUAGUCAUCCUGCACUACUGCUUAGCAGCACCAGCUGGACAGAAGAUGAAGACUUUUCCAUUCUUUUGAAAGCAUUGAUAGAAUAUGAAAAGUUAGUAGUUAGUGGUCAGAAACUCCCAUCCCUGGUCUGCGUUAUAACAGGAAAGGGUCCUCUGAAAGAUUACUAUGGGAAGCAGAUCGAACAACUACAGCUAAAACAUGUUCAGUUCUGUACCCCAUGGCUGGAAGCAGAAGAUUAUCCUGUAUUGCUAGGAUCUGCAGACUUGGGGGUAUGUCUUCAUAGGUCUUCAAGUGGCCUGGACCUUCCAAUGAAGGUGGUUGACAUGUUUGGUUGCUGUUUGCCUGUCUGUGCUAUUUAUUUUAAUUGUAUUCAUGAACUCGUCAGACAUGAAGAAAAUGGCUUGAUCUUCAGAGAUGCAUGUGAACUUACAAACCAACUGAAGAUGUUAUUUUCAGAAUUCCCUAAUGCUGACAGCAAGUUGCAACAGUUUAGAAAUUAUCUCCGGCAAACUUAUCAAGUACGAUGGCAUAAGAACUGGGAUCAAACAGUGCUUCCAUUGCUAAACCAACUACUACAUAGAUCUUAAGGCAGCUAGAACAGAAACUUCCAAAAAGCUGCACUUUUAACAUUUUUUAAAUUACUGUUGGUUGAAAGGGUCAUUAUUCCCUUUGCUGAGAGAUUCCUCUUCUGGAUGCAUAGAAGAUGGCCAAUUUUAUUAAAGGAUAUGAAGCAUGUAACCAGAUAUAAAGCUGCUGCUGUAAGACAAUGAGACCUCGUGGGGCAAAUUCCUUUUUGGCAGAAGAUUUGUCAGACUAGGAUGAUAAAGUUCGAUAUUUGGGGUAAAGCGAGAGCAACCUAUAUGCAUAUUAUUUUAUUCGCUCAGUUUUAAGGUUAUGUCACCCAUACCUUGUCUUUUUUAUUCUCGUCAGGCAAUUUUUUGUAGUUAUGUUCACUCCAUGAUUGACUCUUCUAGUGUAUACUGGCACUGUAUAGCCUGAAAUAUUCUGCACCUGUCACUGCUUUCUCAUCUUCCUAAACAGUGUUUUCACCAUUCAGUUUUGCCUCUGGUUUCUUCAGUGAGAAUCAAAAGUCCAUUGAUGCAGCCAGACUUUUGUUAGUGACAGUGGUGUCAUUUGCAAUCUGUAUGCAUAAGUGUCGACUACAUGAAUGUUUUUGGUUUUCGGCAGGCCAUUCAGGUGACAGUGCUGUGUCCCCCUGUAGCAGUCAGAGCCUCCCAUUCAUCAAAGCAGUUUUCACUCAUUAUCAUCUCUUUAAGAGAACAUCAUAAUUCUGCUAAAAGUUUGUAUUUCCACAACUAGUUUUAUUUAGCUAAUAUUUGCCUUUCUUUUUGGUGAAAUCUGCAUGCCAUCUACUUGAAAUAUAGCACCAACUUUAAUGCAUACAGUUUAUAUGUGUAAGCUAAACUACUUGUAUCCAUUUUGCAUAAGGGUCUUCGAUGGACUUUUCUUGUGGACAGUAAUUUGUACAUUCCUUUUUUUUUUUUUUUUUUUUGUGAGACUACUGAAGCUUUAUUCCAAGAUGAAAUGACAGAGAUGUACAUUUAAUAUUUAUUCAGUUUCAUGUUCACCUUGUAUUUCCUGAGUCUCAUUCUGCUGCUUUCUGUGUUUUUCAGUACACAUUCCCUUGUGUUUAAGGGGCCACCUGCAGUGUGUAAUACUUGGGUACACAUUCUAUGUAUUCUCUUACGUGACUCUUUUUAAAGUCUAAAAUUGCCAUACUUGCUGUGGUGCACUGUCCUUUGGCUAGAACCUCUGUCCCUUAGUUAUGGGGAAUGUGCUGCCCCAGAAAAUUUGAUAUCAUUUUAUCCAGUUGCCCAUUUUGGAUCUUUUCAAAACAUUCAUCAUUGGAGAAUUUCUGCAUUCAGUGCCAAAAGAAGAAUUCACCCUGUAACUGUUAUGUUAUAAACUCAGAUAAUGAAGCCCUUCACAUGUAUUACUUUUAUUAAUUGGGACUAGGACAGUGUUAGUGGCUAUCACCUCUUCCACAUUGCUGACUUGAAAAUGCUGGCAAGAGCAGCUUAAAUUCUCCAUUCUAGACUGUUGCCUGGUAGAGAUGGUGCUGGCUUAUUUGAAUUACCAAGCACAAAAUCCCAUCAGAUGACAGCAUGAUGGGUACCAGGUUAGAAAUGUAGAAACUAUACUUUCUGCUUUUACACCAAAUUCCACUUCAAAGUCCCUCACACCAUCAGGGGCUGUGCCUCAUGUUGUGGACAAUCUUGCUUUGAUAUUAUCUAGCUCAGCAUCAUUUGAUCGUUAAAAAGUCAGACAGAGAGACACUUUUCUGGUAUCCACUCCUAAGGAGCCAAAUCAGCUUUCAACUCCAACUGCUCUCACACUGACUUCUCAAAAUUGUACAUGUGUAUGAGAAAGGGGCCAUAAAAAUCUACAGUGAAUGGUGUGGAGUAUGACGCAGGCCUGGACAGUUAACUCCCUUUGCCUGACAUGAAUUUUUUGACCUGUACUUUCAUUGGCUAAGACAGUUGCAGCAUGCCCCUCACUACCCAUGUUCGAGUCUGGUGUUGUUGCUUUGCAGAUGUUGUACUAUGAGAACCUGUUCAUUAUGUAUUAUCAAAUAAAGAAGAUCCAGGAAGGUACAUUUUCAGUAGGUUUCUAUAGUACCAGUACUAGGCCUAGCACUGCCUCUUAUUGAUUAUGGUACUACUUAUGGCAUGUUUCUUCCUAUAUUACUAUGAACCAGUGCAAAUGUUGAUUGUAGAGGUUCCCCUCCCACUUAUAGCUCUGACAGCAUUGAAAGUCGGAAGACUGGGAAAGGGAUUAAGGAUGAGGAACAUAACUUCAUUCUCUUCAUAAUCUUUCAUAUAUGCUGACUCUGAAUAAUUGGAAAUGGCCUUUUCAUAAGUGGGCACAAUUGAUCUUUCUUCAUUAACUCUGCCCCUGAAGGUCCUUUUUUGGAAAGUCUUUUCAUAUGGUACAGUCUGCCUUAGAGUGGCUGUUAGUUUCCUGUCCAUCCCCUUAGACACAUUUCAGUGUCUUUGGUGGCAGACAGAGCAUUGGGUCAUUUUCCUACUACUAUCCUCAACAGACAUUGAACCAUGCCUAAAGGACAAUGUUUUCUUAAUAUGGAAGUACUGUAAUAUUGGGCUUUCAGUAUGAAGGAAUGCAGAGCAUUUUGUAUUGGCCCCUGCUGCAGUUGACUGCAAAAAAGCUAUUUCUUAUAUUGAG